AUGAUUUUGAUGAGGAGUGAUUCAAUGGUAAGCAUAGUUCUCUCCCUGCAGCGCCCACGACUCGACCGCGAUUUCCGGGUGACAAUGAAGAACACAAUUCCAGUUGCCCAGAUUAAAGAAAAUGCUCGUGGGUGGACAGCGUUGAUUCAAGUUGUCGAGAGGGGCAAGAUAUUGGUCAGUCAGAGAGACACCGCCAUCUCAUAUCGUCGUUUUGUAUUUGCAGACUCUGAUGGGACAAAAGUAUCCGCAGUUGCAUAUAACAAUAAUAUCAGGGCAUCUUCAACACUUUUGCUGCCAUUCAAGAAGUACUAUGUAUCUGGGGCUACACUGAAGAAGGAAGAUGAUAGGUACAAAAAGGGCCCUUAUCCGUUCACAUGGACGAUCAAUAAUAACACAUUGAUUCAGCCCUGUGAGGAUGAAGCUGCUGACCAACUCUUUUGCCACAUAGAGUGCCAAAGGUUUGCUGAUCUACACCGGUUUGUCGACACGGAAGACUUGCAGAACAUUCAAGGUGUGGUGGUACACGCAUUUGAGGUGAAGCAAAUUGGCUUAGACUCCGUGAAUAGGGACAUUGUGUUGGUCAAUAAUGAGAGGGUUCCAAUGAUACUUACUCUAUGGAAUGAUUAUGCUGAGGAUGAAGGCUCAAAGCUAGCUAACACAAUUAAUGCAGGCAAUAUUGUUCUUGCUAUGCGGGUUAAAGUUACAACAUUUCAUGGGCUUUCAUUGUCUACAAGAGCAGCAAGUUCAAUUCUUAUCAAUCCACCAAUACCCGAGGCUAUUAGCCUCAAGCAAUGGUACUUGCAGAACAAGCCGGUUGUUGCCGACCUCAUUGCGACUAAAGCUUACAAAAACACUUCGCUCUUACUGCCACCCCCACAUCCUGAUGACAUUAAGACUGUGCAAACUCUCAUUAGUACUAACAAUAAGAUUCAAACAGCAUGGAUAGAAGGUUCAGUGGCACUUGGAUUUGUGCAACAACCAUUAUGGUUUGGAGCAUGCAUGCAUUGCCUGAAAAAAUUUGAGCUCCCAGUCCACUCUGAAAUUCGUUGCAGCUCUUGCAACAGAGAUAGCCAAAUAUUAGCAAGGGCCAGGAUUCCGAUAACCAUUGAGGACAAGACAGGUUCCAUUGCAGCAGUAGCUUACGGGGAAGACGCUGAAAAGCUCAUUAUGAAGACUGGUGUACAGCUCCAAGCUGCAGAUGCACAGGAUAAACGGAUAACUGGUAUAGUUCGUAAUCUCCCUAUAUUUGCUGGGUUGCUUGAGGAGGGUUGGGUAUGUCUGAUGAUGGAUUCUCAUUCUACAGAGGCCACUAUUCCAGGGGGUUCGCCGGAUAUUCUGGGGGAGCAGCUCAGCAGAUUUGGACAACACCAAUCAUCAGGGGGGAACAGUUCCGAGCACAACCUUAAUUCUGCUUCAGAGAGAAGGGAUGGUGUGUCUCCUCAAACUAAUGAAGCAAAUACUGAAACCUCUCUACAGCGGGCUGUUAUUGAUCAAGGAAAUGGGGGAACAGAAACAAUCAAUGGUGGAGCUCAUGAGAUCAAUGACAAGAACAUGGAUGAGGAUCAUAUUGCAACAGAAGGAGGACCAGGGUGGAUGGAAGGGCCAUUAAGGAUUGAGGAGAACUAG